AGGAAGUAGAAUCGGUGUUUGGUGUCUAGAAGAGACUUGCGAGCGGUUGCUGUAGCGGGUGCUCGCUUCCAAUUCACGCCCUCCCCUCCCCGCGCGCCAUUUUUUUGUCCUAGUCCAGAAACUGUUGUGCUUUGCUUAGAACUUUCCUCAGCACCAUGGCCGAAUACUCCUACGUAAAGUCCACUAAACUCGUGCUCAAGGGAACAAAAGCCAAAAGUAAGAAGAAAAAGAAAGAAAAGAAGAGAAAAAAAGAAGAGGAUGAAGAAACUCAACUUGAUAUUGUUGGAAUAUGGUGGACAGUAGCCAACUUUGGUGAUAUUUCAGGAACUAUCGCCAUUGAAAUGGAUAAAGGAACCUAUAUCCAUGCACUUGACAAUGGUCUCUUUACACUGGGAGCACCACAUAAAGAAGUUGAUGAAGGUCCUAGUCCUCCAGAGCAGUUUACUGCUGUCAAAUUGUCUGAUUCCAGAAUUGCCCUGAAAUCUGGCUAUGGAAAAUAUCUUGGUAUCAAUUCAGAUGGACUUGUUGUUGGACGUUCAGAUGCCAUUGGACCAAGAGAACAGUGGGAACCAGUGUUUCAAGAUGGGAAGAUGGCCUUACUGGCCUCAAAUAGUUGUUUUAUUAGAUGCAAUGAAGCAGGUGAUAUAGAAGCAAAAAGUAAAACAGCAGGAGAAGAAGAAAUGAUAAAGAUUAGAUCCUGUGCUGAAAGGGAAACCAAGAAAAAAGAUGACAUCCCAGAAGAAGAUAAAGGGAAUGUAAAACAAUGUGAAAUCAAUUACGUAAAAAAAUUUCAGAGUUUCCAAGACCAUAAACUUAAAAUCAGUAAAGAAGACAGUAAAAUUCUUAAAAAGGCUCGGAAAGAUGGAUUUUUACAUGAGACACUUCUGGACAGGAGAGCCAAAUUGAAAGCUGAUAGAUACUGCAAGUGACCAGGAUUUUUGUUUCUGCCUACUCAUUUUGCUUUUUCUGAAUAAAAUAUUCAGUGGUAGUACUUUGUACAAUUCUUGGGCUGUUGUGAAAUUAUUACUUAAUAAAAAUCUAGUGUCAGCAAAAUUAAUAAAAUUUAAGAUUUUUCAAAAGUUUA